UCCUUAAUGAAUGUUGAGAUUUGUUCAUAUGAUCGUGGACUAGACACAACUCAAUCUCCGAGAAAAUUUUCCUGGCAAGUGUCGCGACAUGUUUAUAUGAUCGUGCUUCAGAUUAUAUGAUUUAUGCUACACUUGUAUGUUUCUACGGUACUUUAAAUUAAUUUUCUUGUAAUAAAUAAAAAGAGUAUAUACAAUGAAUAAGAUUAGUAGAACAUUAGUGAAAGAUUCAAUGAUAAUCCAUAAAUGGACUACUUUAUCAAAUUUUAGUACAAUAUCAAGCUACGAUGUUUCAAUUGUUAAAAAUUUAAUAACAAAUAAUAAGAUUUUGGACAAUGAAAACACUAUGAAAUAUAUUGGAGAAAAUAUUAAAAACAUGGAUGCAAAAACUGCUGUUAAAACUAUAAAUAUUUUAUAUCAAAAGUUCAAUAGAAAUAUAAAAUUAGAUCAGACGGACUUCACAAAUUCCAAAAGAUUUGAAAAUAUUUGUAAAGUGAUACUCAAAGAUGUUAGAUCUUUAAGCAGAUAUGAUACUAUAAACAUUUUACGAUGUUUACUAUUUUUUAAUGUUCCGGCUAACAGUGUAUUAAUUCAAACAUUGCUUCAAAUGAUACGUGUUUCCUUGAAUGAUUUCACAGUUGGACAGAUAAUGAUUCUAUAUAAUAUGUUAUACAAUAUGGAAAAAUCAUUUCUGUCUGAAUCUUUACUUCAUGCAUUACCUUAUGCUUUUAAACAGCAAGCUCAAAUUGAACUUAAUUCAGAUAGUACUAAUUUGUUUCAAGCCCUUAACUUCUGUUCUAUGAUAAAUAAUUUAACUGUAAAAAGGCAUAUUCUCCGAGUUUUACAGAAAAAUAAAAACAGAAUAAAUUUAGACAAUGUAAUGCCAGUUUUUAAUGCAAUAUAUAGUUUACCAAAGUUGUGUCUACCUUCUACACGACUUCUGUCUUAUGUACAACAUAUGAUAUUGAUUAAUUGUAAUAGAUUAAAUUUCAAUGAAAUCGAGCAUUUACUUCGUUGCAUUUCUAAAAAAGUUCUAAAUUCAGAAAAGAAGUUCUAUAAAGAAGCAUUAAUAAAUAAAUUAUGUUCUACUGUGUUAAUUAGCAAUACUACUUUGGAACAAAAAUUAAUCAUCUUACAGCAUUUAAAUGACAUACGCUUUUGUAAUAUUCCUUUGUUAAAUUGUUUAGUGGAAAAAUAUCUUAAAAAUCCAAAUAUUUUAAAAAGAUAUUCUAUUGAUAUACAUACAUUUAUCAAAGGCUAUACUAUUGCUGAUUAUAUACCACAUAAUUGGGAAACUGUAGGCAGAAAAUUGUACAAUCUUAUUAUCACUAUAGAUUGUUCAGUAUCUAACACAGUGUCUACUGCUUUCCAUUUACUUUCACUAAAUUUUUAUUGUCCGGAAUUAAUAGAAAAGUCUUUCAUAUUAUAUAAUUCUUUCUGUGAAAAAAAUUCAUUUCUUUCUGUAAGAGAUAUUACAUUAUCUGUGUUAAAAUUAUAUUGGUGUAUAAAACAGCUUUAUCCUGGAUAUAAUGGGUUUGUGCCAGAUGAAAGCAAAUUAAAUGAAAUUAAAAUUGAACGUGACAGUAGUGAAAUACCUUAUUUAAUAGAUAGUCUAAAAGAAGCUGUUGGAGGUACUGAAUACAUAAAAAGUGGUUUAAGAACAAAAUUCGGCGAAUUUGUUGAUUACGUUGUUGUCAUACAACCAGAUGGCUCUUUUAUAAAUACUAAUAAUUAUGAUAAUAUUACAUUUGUUGAAGAACUAGCAUCGCUAACAGAAUGUAGCAAAAUUCUCUUUUUCGCUUUCCCAAUAGAGGCAUAUUCUAUUAAUAAAGGAAAUUUAUUAUCUACAAUGAAGAUACAAUUAAAAAUAAUAGAAACAUUACCAGGUUUCCACUCCUUUGUUAUAAAUCCAUACCUCUGGGAGAAGUUCUCUGAUAAAGAAAAAGUGUUACAUCUUCAGAAAGCCAUACAAUUGAAACAGUACAAUUCAAAAUGAUAGUAGUUCAUAAAUUGUUUAUAAAAAUAAAUGUAAUUUAAUAAAUAUAAAAAAUUGUAAAAAUAAGAAACAAAAUCAUUUUUCAUACUCCAUGUAUUAUGGUAUUUUUGUUAUAAGAUUAAGAUAAAUAUAUUUGUUUUAAUAAUAUAUUUAACAUAUUUUAAUACACAGGGUGAGGCACUUAAAACAGGCUGCUUGAAUAUCUCGGCCGUUAUUGAUGAUAGAAAAAAGUAUGUCUGACCACACUUGCAUGGUGGAUCUUUGAUAAGUAGUUUUUUUGAAUGGAAUAAUGUCUUUUUUACGUGCCAUCCAGUAGAGUGUUUUAAGAUGCAUACAAUGACCAGACAAAAUCACAGUCAUCUAAAAUCAAUUGCAUGAGACAAUAAUUUACUUUAUGAGAACGGUUGAAUAAUUUACUUUAUGUAAUGGUAAUUUAUUAAUACACUGUUACUUUAGAUACUUAAAGUGGUGACCUUGACUAUUGAUGCGUCUAAAGCGUUGCGAGAAAUCAAUCACGGCCGGAUUAAUCGCGAAUUUUUAUUUAUGGGGAAACUUAAAGCAGCAAAUGUACAGCAGCAAAAGCAGCAAAUAUCAAUAACCAGAAAAAAAAUGUAUUAACAUGAGCAUCGAUGGUCAAGAUCACUAUUUUUAACAUUUAAACUAGCAGUGUACUGGUACAGUAAAAAAUCACCAUUACAUGAAAUAAAUUAUUUUCUCUUGCAAUUGAUCUUUAAUGACCUCAAAUUAUAGUGCGCCAUCAUUGUGCGCGUCUUAAAACACUCUGUUAGAUGACACGUAAAAAAGCAUAUAGUUCCACUAAAAAAAACGAAUUUGACCUUCAUAUGACCUUUAUGGGUCUACCUAUCAAAGAACUAUUUACAUCAAAUUAUGUGUCUCUCAACACCAUACAAGUUUGAUGUGACAUAUUUUUUCCUAUCAUCAAUAAAAGUGGAAAUAUUCAAAUGACCUAUUCAAAGAUGUUAAUAUUAUUAAAACUAGGACUUUCCAAAAGUUUAAAGAAAUAUUUACAAUGAACUCUUCAUUUAUGUAACAAUUUAUUUAUAUGAAAAUAUUUAUAACAUCAACAAUUAAAAUGUAUAAUUUCAGAAUCAUAUAUUUCAUAAUAUAUUUCUACAAAAUUUGCAUUAUAAAUCAAAUAAUUUAUAUACUACUAAUUUUAAUGUAUUGAUGAAUUUUUGUAUAGAUGAAUAUUUUUGCAUAGGAAUAAUGUAAAUAUAAGUAACAUAUAUAUCGAAGAUAAUAGUUAUUAAUGUAUAAAUAAUGUAUUUCAUGACAUGUUUCUCUCCUAUAAUUGUUAAUAAGUUAUAUAAAUGUAAGUUGAUAUUGUUAUUAUGAAAGACAUAUUUUGAUAAACACACAAGUAAUGCUUUUAAACAUAGACAAUAUAUUGAUAACAGAAUAAUUAAAAUGUAAAAUAGCACCCAGUAGCACCAUUUUCUGAAUAAAAAACAAUUAUUAAUAUCA